AUGGUUUCAAUCUCUUCCCUGGCAUUUUCCUCCAAUGAAGAUGCAAGUAUUAACGAGUAUCAUCAUGAAGAUGUGGAGAACCAUAGUGAAUUUUUAAAGGAUUAUGUUGAAGAUAGUGGAAAUAUCACAUUGGAAGAACAAAAAAGUGCAGUUAAAGAAGAUGGUGGUGAUGAGGUUCUUAUUCUUGGCUCUGAUAAACGAAUGGAUGGCAUGAAAGGCAAGAUUGAUUUGGAGUCAAAAGAAGACGAAAAAAAGACAAAGAUCGGAGAUAAUUUUCAGUUUCUGAAGAUAGUGGGAGUUGGUUUCAAAGCAAGAGCUGAAUCUGAAGGGCAUCUUUUGUUUCUGAAAUUGGGUUACAGUCAUGAGGUGGAAUUGACAGUUCCUCCUGCAGUUCGAGUAUUUUUUUUCAAACCCAAUAUUGUGUGUUGCACUGGAAUUGACAAGGAAAUGGUGUAUUAGUUUGUUGUUGUUGUUGUUGUUCAUAGUUGUAAGCCCCCUGAAGUUUUCAAAGGGAAAUGUAUUAUGUAUGUUGAUGAAGUUAUAAAGAAGAAAGAGGAAAAGAAAUCACAAUAGUUUUGAUGAUGAUGAAGGAG